UCCACACCACGGCCCUUAGGAACUUCUUUCCUUUACCAGCAACGUUGGCUGCUCUUGUCGAUGAAUUGAGCCUAUGUCGACGAUUUUUCAAAACCUAACAGAUGCUACAGCGGUUAAACAUGUUGUCCGAGGUCAAUUUACGUCGGCAACGACAAAUAAUUUGAUUGUCGCGAAAGAUGACUUCCUCCAGGUUUUCGACAUCGUUCGCGUUCAACGCGAUUCCGACGAUGUUGAAGACGCGUUUGGCUCUUCUAUGAACUUGAGAAUGGAGGAAAACGAUGCUUUUAUGGAAACAAACAUGCAGCUGAUUCGUACUCAUGAACACACUGUUUACACUCUUAGACUCGUUUAUCAGACGCGUGUUUUUGGCACUAUAAAAGACCUCGCCGUUGUUAAACCAAAAUUAGGAGGAUUCACAACAGACCUGCUGGUCUUGUUGACUAACUAUGCGAAAGUCUCCAUUCUUGUGUGGGAUUCGUUAACACAACAACUGUCGACAGUUAGUAUGCAUUACUAUGAGUCUGUUGUUCCUCCAAAACCUAUUGCUGAAGAAACGCCAGCACAGUUAAUUGUGGAUCCAGAAUCGACGUGUUGUGUACUUCGCUUCUACGGUGACAUGAUGGCUAUUAUUCCUUUCAGAAAACCAGAAGAUUUAGAAAUGGAGGACGCUAAUGCCCAAUCAGAGAAGCCAGUUGAUGUACAGUGUGUCUAUCUCCCAUCAUUUGUGCUGACAGCCUCCCAAUUGGAUUAUUCCAUUGCCCGCGUGCUUGAUUCCAAAUUUUUGGAAGGCUACCGGGAAGCGACUCUCGCUUUGCUUUACUGCCCCGAACAAACAAGCACUGUCUUUCUUCCAGUUCGUAAGGACACUGUUAGUCUUGCUGUUAUUACACUCGACAUUGAACAGCGUGCAAGCGCUGUUAUUACAAGCAUUCACAACCUUCCCUAUGAUAUUUACUGUAUACUUCCUGUUCCGGCCCCCCUUGGUGGCUCUUUGCUUCUUGGUGGUAAUGAAAUCAUUUAUGUUGAUUCUGCCGGAUCGACUGUAGGCAUAGCUGUGAACCCAUUUUAUCGUAAUGCGACGAACUUCCAACUGGAAGAUCGUUCCUCUUUUCAACUUGAGCUUGAAGGAACCAUUGGCGUGCCACUUUCGAGUCCCCGGACGGAAUCAGUGUCAGUGUUGUUAAUUCAUCCUACAGGUCAACUGUUUUACCUGGAUUUCCUCAUGGAUGGAAAAAACGUUAAAAAUUUGGACUUGCAUCCCGCUUCAGAUGAGCUUAACAAUGCACUGCUACAAAGCGGUGUUACUUGUGCUCUCCCUGUCGCGGAUCAUGAGCUCUUCCUGGGUAGCCAGACUGGUGACAGUUAUCUUGUCCAAUGGUCCCGGCGCUCUAUAAACAAUCAAACACAAGAAGAAGGUACUCUAACGUACAAGGAUGAAGAAAACGAUGCCGACGAAGAAGUGGACGAGUUAGAUGAUAUUUACGACACGGGUUCUAAAGAAAAAGCAAAACGAAACAAGUUUGUUGAACUUGGACCUUUACGUCUAGAGGUUCAUGACGUGCUGUCUAAUGUCGGCCCCAUCAUUGAAUUUUGUACCGGAAAAGCUGGCUCUCUUGCAUACUUUCCUCAAGACAAUCAUGGUCCAUUGGAAGUGACUUGCGUUACAGGCACUGGAAAAAGUGGCUCUCUCGUCGUUUUCCGUCGAAGUAUCUCGCCUGUUGUCGAAGGAAAGUUUAACUUUGAAGGUUGUCAAUCGCUGUGGACCAUCCACGUUACAGGCCGUUUAAAAAAUCCACGUUCUCAUGGAUCAGAACGAUAUUUGGAUGACGAGUAUGACACUUAUCUUGUUGUCUCAAAAGAAAAAGAAAGUUUCGUGUUUACUGCAGGGGAAACUUUUGACGAAGUUGAAGACUCCGACUUCAACACAAAAGGAAGCACAAUUAAUGUUGGCGGAUUGCUUGGAGGAAUGCGAAUUGUGCAAAUAUGUACCACCAGUUUGCGUGUUUAUGACCCUAAUAUCCAUCUUGUUCAACGCAUUAACUUAGGCAAAAAGCAGAACGUUGUAGCAGCAAGCGUUUGUGAUCCAUAUGUUGUGCUGGUGCUGUUGGGCGGUCGUAUUCUGCUUUACAGCAUGGAUGCUGAAACUCAACGCCUUAUAAAAAUGGACUUACAUAAACAAUUAAAGAACGUUAAAGCUGCGUCCUUGUAUUCAACAAAUGACCCUGUUAUGCAAGAGCUCUUUUCCGAGCUGGAUCUUGGUCGUAACAACAGCUCUCCAGGGAAAUCUGAUAUUCAAAUGGAUGGUGUGGACACGCAACCUGACCGACCAAGCAUGCCAGCAGGAAACCAAGUUACUGAAACAAACGUUAGUACACUUGAUGAACAAUCGUUUGCCGCUCACUUCGUUCUGUUUGUCCUUCAUGAUGACGGACGUUUAAAGGUGCUUCAUCUUCCCACAUAUUCCUGUGUACUUGAAUGUGAUGUAUUUGACUUACCCACAGUUUUGUACGAUGGAUUGAGUUCCGAACGGGUAACUGAAAUGCAUGAGUCAAGUCAGGAGCUUGUUGAAGUUUUGGCUACGGAUUUGGGUGACGAAGCAAAAGAAGCGCACUUGCUCAUUCGUUCUCGAAUGAAUGAGAUUACGGUGUAUAAGCCAUUUGUUUGUAGCAAUCCCGUUACUCAUAAAACCGAAUUACGAUUCUCAAAGAUUCCACAGGAGGGAAUGACAAGAGAAUCAACUGAGUGUUCUCUUCAAGAUCUCGUCGCUGAGACUGAACAAGAGAAUGCCCCAAAAGAUGCUAGCGAGCAGAAACCCCAAAAAUCGAGUUCUACGGUUGACAAACCCCGUAUGGUUGCACUUCAACGCAUUGGCAACCACUCGGCGGUUUUCAUCACUGGCGCGAAACCAUUCUUUUUACUCAAAACUGCGCACUCUGUUGCAAAGUUUCAUCCUUUGCUUUCAGAGUGCCGCAUUCUAUCACUUGCUUCAUUUCAUACGGAGCAUGCACCAAAAGGUUACAUCUUUGUUGAUGAAAACUACGACAUCAACAUUUGUCGGUUUCAAGAUGAUAUAAAUUAUGAUCAUCGCUGGGGCUAUAAAAAGGUUAAUGUUGGGCGGUCUGUUCAUGGCAUUGCUUACCAUCCUACGAAAAUGGUUUACGCCAUUGCUACUUCCACAUUAACACCGUACGAGGUUACUGACGAAGAAGGCAAUGUCGUAUACCCUCUUAAAAAUGAAGGUGAGUACUUGCCUCGUACCAACUCCGGCAUGCUGGAAUUGGUAUCGCCGUUAACAUGGACUGUCAUCGACCGGUACAAGUUCUUGGAUUAUGAGAUACCCUUGUGCGUUCGGUUGGUCAACCUCGAAAUUUCAGACGUCACAAAAUUACGGAAACCCUUUAUCGCGGUUGGUACAUCUAUCACCAAGGGUGAGGAUAUUGCUGUAAGAGGCUCAACGUAUCUGUUUGAAAUCAUUGAUGUUGUCCCACAACCCGGACAUCCUGAAACAAGGCAUAAAUUAAAAUUGGUCACGCGUGAAGAAAUUAAAGGUACAGUUGCUGUUGUCUCUGAGAUUAAUGGUUACUUGCUUAGUGGCCAAGGUCAAAAGGUUAUCGUUCGUGCACUGGAAGAUGAAGAUCAUUUAGUUGGCGUCGCAUUCAUUGAUCUCGGCAGUUACACUGUCGUUGCAAAAAGCCUCAGAAACCUUCUCAUUUUCGGUGAUAUUCGACAAAGCAUAUCAUUUGUUGGUUUUGCAGAAGAACCUUAUCGGAUGACUUUAUUCGCUAAGGGACAAGAUCCACUUUCAGUCUCGUCUGCUGAUUUUCUGGUCCAAGGUCAGAGUUUAUAUUUUGCCGUUGCUGAUAUGCGAGGAAACCUUCGAAUCCUUGCUUAUGACCCGGAAAAUCCAGAGUCGCAUUCUGGUGAGCGACUGGUCACUCGUGGUGAUAUUCACGUUGGACAUAUAAUUACCGCUAUCCAUUUGGUACCCAAAAUGAAAAAAGAUCGGCCGGGUGAAGUUGAUUACGAUGAAGGCGAUGAGUUUGCCUGCAUUACCACAAAUUCAGAUGGCAGCCUUCAAGCACUAUGCCCCAUUUCUGAACGUGUCUAUCGGAGGCUUAACAUUAUUCAAAAUUAUCUGGCUAAUCGGAUUGAAACUGUUGGCGGUCUGAACCCCCGAUCCUACCGUCUCAUCAACACUGUUUCCUCACUAAAUAAUGCUACGCAUCGGAUUCUUGAUGGUGGUUUGAUUGAGCACUUUUCAUAUAUGUCAGUUGCUCACCGACAAGAAAUGGCGUACAAGUGUGGUGUGCCUAUAUCUACGAUUAUGAACGACCUUGUUGAACUGGAUGAAGCCUUAAAUUAUAUGUAAGGCAAUUGAAGUCGCCAUUUUUGGUGCUACAAAUUUUGAUAUCCGCUACACAUUCUUUUUCAAUGAAGACUGUAUGUAUCUUUUACAACUACUACGCAUGCGAGACGCUGUUUUACAAUUUUAUUAUGAUAUAUAUCAUAGAGGAAGAUGGCAACGGUGGUGUCAAGAUAGGACACGCGUGGUUCGUACCAUUCUCACCGUGUUCGAAUGAGAAAAAAAGACGCAACGGAACUAUAAUUCCAAGUCAAGCAGCGUUUAGUAAUCGAUCAUUCUUAAUGAGUACACCAACGUAAUAUAGUGAGGUCUAAGGAGAUAUAG